AUUUAUACUAAAAUAUAUUAAUGUUUUAUACGCAUAAAAUUUAUUACGUAUUAAAAUACUGGUUAGGGAAUAUACCUAUUGUCAGAUAACCCGCACAGCACGCGCAAGCUUGCGCCGCAAGUAGAUGCGAUGCGAGUCUACGGCAGUCUCCAUAUAGUCUUAAGCAGUAUGGUCGCUUGUACAGUUUUCUAUGAGUGACAAGUAACGGUUUCUACAUUAAGAAAACUUUGAAUAAUGAUUUAUCAUAACUGAAGUGAACCGAAAUUGGUGUAAUGAUCAAAGAUAUGGCUGAUGAUGAGGCCAUACAGGCCACUAAUGAUGAUGCAAGUGAGUGUAAAAGAUAUGCUGUGCAACUUAGUUACUGGUCCGAUCCAUUUAUCAACUUUUUCGUAAAACAAACUGGUCGAAAAGCACCUGAAAUCAAUCGCGGUUACUAUGCGAGAGUAAAAGGAAUUGAAGUGUUCGUUGACAAAUUCCUUAAGCUAUCUGGUGAAGAAGGACAAAUUAUAAACUUGGGUGCUGGAUUUGAUACACUUUAUUGGAGACUUAAGGAAACAGGAAAGAGUCCAGCAAAUUUUAUAGAACUUGAUUUUCCUAGCAUUACUGCUAGAAAAUGUUAUCACAUCAAAAAACAUAAACAAUUGAUAGAUAUGUUAAAUACAGAAGAUGGAGAAAUUAGGUUUUCAACAACAGAUCUACAUGCUGCCAAUUAUCAUUUGGUGGGAAUAGAUCUGCGGCACAUAUCUGAACUUAUUAAUAAAUUAACACAAGCAGAAGUUAAUUUUAAUCUUCCAACUAUGUUCCUUGCAGAAUGUGUUUUAGUAUACAUAGACACUAGUGCAGCUUCUGCAUUGUUAAAAUGGCUUGCUGGAAAAUUUCCAAAUAGUAUUUUUGUUAAUUAUGAACAAGUGAACAUGAAAGAUAAAUUUGGUCAAGUUAUGUUAUCCAAUUUACGUAGUCGUGGAUGUUUGUUAGCAGGUGUAGAAGAUUGUGAAUCUUUGGAAACUCAACAAAGACGUUUUAUAAUAAACAGUUGGGAAGGCUCUAAUGCAUGGACAAUGGUAGAAGUCUAUGAUUCACUGCCUCAAGAUGAUCGUAGUCGAAUCGAACAUAUAGAAAUGUUGGAUGAGCGAGAACUUUUAGUUCAAUUAUUGCAACAUUAUUGUAUCUCAGUUGCUUGGAAUGGACAAACAUUUAAAAAUUUGUCUAUAGCACAGGGUUAGCUUUUCUAACUCUUAUAAGUUACUCCAGGUAGUGAUAUUGUGUCAUUAAAAAUCUUUAAGCUUAUAAGUACAUAUGUAGUAACUAAUGAUACAAAAUCAUUGUUUAUUAUUAAAAUGAAUAAGUUUUAAUCAUAAAUUUAUGGUAUAGAUUAUUAUAAUGUAUUUGCUUUAUGAUAAUAUAAUUUUUUUCAUUAUAUAGAUAUUUCAUAUAUCCUUAAAAUAUUGUGAAGAAAUAAUUUAUAGAACUAUAUAAUGACGACUUACAAAAAUUAAUUUUAAUUAAUUUUAUUUGAUAAUAAUCUUUAGUUUAUAAAUAUUAUGACUAUGAUAUUAAAUAAUAUUAUUGAAAUUUUAAAGUUCUUUCAUAUUUUUUGAGCAACUAAAUAUAAUCUAACAUUAAAAAAUACAAAGUUUCUAUUGUGUAAUAUUUCUUUAAUUUCUUAAAAUUUUAUCUUAUACUUUCUGUAAAAUUAAUUUUCUAAUUUAAAACUAAUUUCAGCAUUAACAAUUUUGUUUUCCUAUAUUAUUUACUACUUUGUACUUGGAAGCUUUUAUAUAUUUACAUUUAUAAAUUUCCUACUAAACCGUAACUUUAAAUAAUAUUAUAAAUUAUUGAUUAGUUCUAUAUAUGCAGUUUCUUAUGAAAAUAAUAAAUACAACGAAAGAGUGAUUUCACUUAAACAUGAAAAAAAAAUAACAUACAUUUUGAAAAUUAUUUUUAAAAUGUUCAUUUUUAAAAUAUAUUUUAUAAAUGUUCAUUUAUAUAAAUUUAAGAUUUAAUUAAAAUACAAUUGCUGUACAUUUACAAAACAACAUUUAAAACAAUCAUUUAGAUUAUUAAAAAAUGCAGAAAAUUAAAUUUUCAUUGUUAUUAUUUUCGUAAAAAUAUAAUAGAUAGACAAAUUAUAAAAAUGUAAAAAAAAAAUAACAUUAUCAUUAAAAAAAUGUCAUGAAAAAUUAAUACAUCAAUUAUAUAAUAUUUAAAUCAAUUUUUUAAUGAAUUCAAUUGAUUCAUGAAAUUAUUCAGAACAAUAUUAAAUAUAAUUUAAUAUGAACAAUGUUAUUUUCUUAUAAAAAAAUUUCAGUUUGAAAUUUCCAGUUAUGAAAAGCAAAUUAAUAUUAUAGAAGAAAAUUUAUGGAAUAAACAUGAUAUUAAAAAAUUGUUAUAUUAAUGAUUAAUCGUGAAAUCGUUCUUUGUUUCUAUAUUUUAAUACAUUGAUUCUUAUUUAAUUUUAAUUAUUCUUUUUUUAUUCGUGAUAUAAUAUAUUUACUGAUAUUCUUAUAAAGGCUUAUUAGACCAUAAGGUAUAGUACAUAGGGAAAACACAAAUAUAUUACAGAUUGUGAAUUCAUGUUAUGGAAUUCAUAUGUUUUUAAAGAUAAAAUUACAUACCUGGAGUAACAUAAAUAUCAAGAAAUAAUCUAAUAUUCUAUUUUUCUGAAAAGUUAUGAAUUACAGUUAUAUCUGUCCACAAUGGUAAAUUCUUUCCAAUUUCAUGUUUUAACAUUUAAUAAUAAAAUCAUACCUCAUCAUAAUAAUUUCAUGCCAUCUUAUUUACGUUUGAAUAAUAUUUAUUAUAUAUGUUAAAUACUUAACAACUUAAAGUUUGAGACUCAAAUUAAUCAUUAAUUAUUAUAAAUUGGAGAAAAACACUGCCAAUGUAUAGUUACAAAAUCUUAACAACAUAUUUAUUAUCAAAUUGUAUUAUUUAUCUAUAAAAUUUUACAUAUUAGACAAAUUAAUAGGCAUGAUAUAUUAUUUUAAUUUUUAUACUUCAAUAUUAUCAAAAUUAUAUAAUCAAUAAUAACUUUUUCUUUUUUUCAUACAUUAUAUAAAAAAAGAAUUAAUGGUUUGAUUCUCAAACUUAAGUACAUUUCUCAUAAUAAUGAGAUAUGCAAUUUUGUUUUUGCAUGUACUUCAUUUCACUUCACUUAAUGUUAUUAAUGUCUUAUAUGGAUGCUGUAAAAGUUAAAUCAUACAAUGGCUAUAUUCUAUGUGCUUCCAUAUUAUAGACAGAUAAAAAAAUUGUCAAAAAAUAUAUUCUUACCUUUAUGUAUUGUUGUGAUAUUGUUAAAUUGUGCAUUUAUAUUACAAUUAAAUGAAGAUAAUCGAAGAUUAAUAUUAAUUAUAAAUUAAAAUACCAUAGUAUUUUUUUUUUAUAUAUAGAGUAUUAUCAAACAUUUUGAAAUGUAUGAUAAAAAGAAAUUCUAUACUUACAUUUAAUUUAUUAUAUAAAUAAUUACACAAGCUACUAUAUAUUAUUUUAUUUCUUAAACAUUCAAUUCACCAUUUUGUGAGAUUCAAUGAAAAAUAAACAGCAUCUACUUUCAUGUGUAUAUUUUUUAUAUAAGUUUAUUUAUAUCUAUUUCGUAUAAAAAAUUUUAAUUUUGUUACAAAACUAUUAAACUUUAAUAUUACAUCUUAAUUCAUAUUAAAAUAUUUUAUGCAUUUAAAAUUCAUAUAUUUAAAAUUAUUGUAAUAUUAAUUAUAUUGUUUUAAGUAAAUAAUUUACAAUUCUAUGUUUAUUUAUUAGUUAUUUGAUUGAUUUUAUUAUUAAAAGCCUAAUGGAUUUAAUUGAACACAUCCACCAACAUCGCACAUAUUCUUUGAAAUUUUACUUAAGUUAUUAAAUAUAUUCAAUUUUUUAUUAAAUUUUAAAUUAUUAUUCACACGAUUAGUUGCCUAUAAUAAAAUAAUAUUUAUUAAAAACAAAAAUAAAUUGAAGUUAAUUUUAAGUAUAUUUACUUCAUUGCACCAAGUUUCUGCCAUAAGAAGUUCAUGUUCCAUAUUUGGAAGAUUUUUGUUUGCAGAUGUAGAUGCUCUGCUUAAUAUAAUAGCCAUAGUAUAUAUAUCAAAUGCUGCUUGAGCUAGUCUGUUAAGAAUAAAUUGUUGCUCCACAAUAUUUUUUGGUCCAUAUUUAAUAAUAGCACCUUCUACUAUUUGACCAAAAGUUUCUAUGCUCUAUAAAUAAUUAUUUAUAAAUCAAUAAUUAAUUAUUAAUAUCGAUUAUUAUAAACUAAUAUAAACCUUAGCACAUAAUGUAGCACUACUGUGUAAUCUGGGAUGAACUAAUUGAAUAAGAUUACGUGUUGAUGAAAAUCCAAUUGUUCGCAUUGCUCUUUUGCUUAAUUCUUCAAAUAUUAAUCCUAAAUUGAUAGUAGAAAUCUUAAUUGCUGACAUUAAUUGUUGCAAAUGAAUUCCUGCAUGUUGAAGUCCAGAAAGUACAACAAAAAUACGAAGAAUAUCAUUAGUUCCUUCAAAAAUUCUAAAAAUACGUAAAUCUCGCAUAACUCGUUCAAGACCUGUAUCUUUCAUAUAUGCCAUUCCACCUAAUAUUUGCAUAGUUUCAUCACAAACCCACCAUGCAGCUUCUGAUGCAAAACACUAGAACAAUUAUUUUAAAAUAAUGAUAUGAACUUUAUUUUUUUAAAUUAAUCUUACUUUAGAAAUUGCAGCUUCUAAAUAAUAAUCUUGACUUCCAUAAUCCAUAUUAGCUGCAAUUGAAUAUGCAAGGCUUUCAGUUAUAUAUUGUAACAUUGCCAUACGACCUAAUUUUUCUUGAAUACUUCCAUAAUAAUCUAUUGUAUGUCCAAAUUGUACUCGUUGCGUUGCAUGUUCAACUGCUUUUUUAAUACAGUAACGCAUAGUUCCAGAAAGAGCAGCAGCCAUACCAAAUCGACCAUUAUUUAAAACAUUCAUUGCAACCUAAUAAAAUACAUUGAAUAUCCAUUAAUAUACAUUAAAUACAUUAAAAUAUAUUGAAUAUCCUUUUAAAUUUUUUAUAAUUUUUUAUGUAAACAAAUUGAUACCGAAAAACCUUGUCCUUCGCCCUUUAUAAUAUUUUCUGCUGGUAUUUUAACAUUUUCAAAAUGUAUUUCUGUUGUAUUGCUACAUUUAAUACCCAUUUUUUUUUCUGGUGGUCCACUUAUUACACCACCAAAAGAUCUUUCAACAAUAAAUGCUGUAAUUUUAUCUUUAAUUUUACCAGUUUUUAAAUCUUGUACAGGAACUUGAGCAAAAACUGUCAUUAUUUCUGCUAAACCACCAUUUGAUAUCCAAAUUUUAUUGCCAUUUAAAAUAUAAUGUGAACCAUCUGCAGAUUUUAUUGCACGAGAACGAAUUGAACUAGCAUCUGAACCACUACUUGGUUCUGUGAGACAAAAUGCUGCAUAAUCACCAUUGCAAACUCUUGGAAGAUAUUUUUCUUUUUGUUCUGGUGUACCAUAUAAAAGUAUUGCCUACAUAAAUUAAAUUGAAUUAUAUUUAUGUAAAAUAUUCUAUGUAUAAAUAAAAAUAUACCUUGAAUCCUA